AUGCUUUCGUUCUUAUUACUAUUGUGUUUAGUUAAUUCCAAAAAGGCAUGGAUCAUUACAGACACACACUUCGAUAGCAAUUACGCAGAAGGCACACCUACAAAGUGUUAUACUACCGACUGUUGCCACGAAGACUCUAAACCAAGGCAAGACGCAGAGGAAGCUGGACGGUGUGCUUCUUACGAGUGUUAUCCACCUCUUAACACGGUCACUUCAGCAUUUGAUCAUAUUAGAGAAAACAAAGAUCAGAGCGACACUGUCUUUUGGUUAAUGGAUGCUGUACCUGGUGAUGUCUUGAGUCAGUCAAAAGAGAUCAAUAAGAAUACAAUUAAACUUAUUGUAGAACAACUUAAACAGAAGCUCCCUGGCUUUAAAAUAUAUCCAGUCCCUGGUAACCAUGAUUAUUUCUUGAGCUCAAAUUGGGAGUAUCCUCCAAAAAGUGAAUGGAUGCUCUCAUUUAUGGCAGAUUUAUUCUCAGAAUGGUUAUCCACAGAGGCUUUGGAGACAUUUAAAAUAGCGGGAUAUUACAACGAAAUGAUUGACACGGACAUCCGAUUGGUAGCACUGAAUCUGGUUUAUGUGGAUAUGUUCUCGAUGCACAACGGUCAGUAUAAAAGACAAGACCCGGGAAAUAUGGUAGCUUGGUUUAAUCAGACUCUGAAAGAUGCCAAAGCAAAUAACGAGAAAAUUCUUUUGAUCUCACAUGAGUGUAUUGGUCUUAAGUCGAAUGGACAGUUUGACUUAGCUCCCGAGUUUAACGCCGACUUCACAACAUUAAUGGAAGAGUAUGGCGACCUUAUGAUAACGCAUUUCUGUGGACAUUCACAUUAUGAGUCAUUCAGACUCUUGCCAAACAGAGAGAACGCCAAGUACUCUUGUUUGGUGAAUCCAGCUUUGACAUCCUAUAAAAGUCUUGACCCCAAGUUUAGGUUGAUCGAAUUUGACAAGAAUGGAGUGAAGGAUUGGAUGACAUUUGCUAUGAAUGUCGAAGAGUGUAACAACAUGACAAAUGGAUAUCCUUGGAAGAAGUUAUAUCGUGCAAGUGAGUAUUAUGGUAUCAACGACUAUUCUGUUGAUGGUCUUAAACAGUUUUAUGAUAAAUUGAGCACAGACAGUUCGCUUUGGAGUAAAUUCAUGAAAGUGUAUAGUACCACGAGUUUCUAUACAUGUGCCGAUGACUGUAAAAAAGGUAUUUUAUGCGCUUUGAAUCAUUUGACUGAAGAAGAGUACAAAACUUGUAUGUCGAGUUAA